GCAACCGAUCUCCUCGUCAGUAGUCUGCUAGCCACAACUGCUAGCUUUCUGUCGUUCAUUUUUCGAGCGAGGUGUUUGGUGUUGACAUUUUUCCAGGUUCCGAAAUGUCGUCGAGGACUCUCCCGCUGCUCUUCAUCAAUCUGGGCGGAGAAAUGCUUUAUAUCCUCGACCAGCGACUACGAGCUCAAAGUAUCCCCGCCGACAAGGCAAAGAAAGUCAUGAAUGACAUCAUCAGCACCAUGUUCAACAAAAAAUUUCUGGAGGAGCUCUUGAAGCCACAGGAGCUCUACUCCAAGAAGGCGCUGCGCACCGUCUUUGACAGACUGGCCCACGCUUCUAUUAUGAGGCUCAAUCAAGCCAGCAUGGACAAGCUAUACGACUUGAUGACCAUGGCCUUCAAGUACCAGGUUCUCCUGUGUCCUCGGCCCCGAGAUAUCCUCCUGGUCUCCUUCAACCACAUGGAUGCCAUCAAGGAGUUUGUCAAGGACACGCCCUGCAUCCUGUGCCAGGUGGACGAGAUGUACCAGCAGCUCAUCGAGAUGUACACUCCAUUACCUAGCGGCGAAUUCCAGCUGAUUAGACAAACGCUUCUUAUCUUCUUCCAGGACAUGCACAUAAGGGUAUCCAUUUUCCUCAGGGACAAAGUGCAGAACUCCAAUGGUCGAUUUGUGCUCCCCAUCAGCGGUCCUGUGCCCUACGGGACAAAAAUCCCGGGAUUGAUAAGGAUGUAUAGCUGUACUGGUGAGGAGACGAGCAGGUUGCAGUUCAACAACGGCGGAAACUACACCGCUGCACUCUGCGAAGGAUCCUUUGAGUUUUUCGGUGACAGGGUGACCAAAUUAGGCACUAACAUGUACAGCGUGUGCCGUCCGGUUGAAACUCACAUGUCAGGAACCUCCAAGCACUCAGCUCAGCAUACUAAGGUCAACAUGGCUCCCAACCCUCUGGCUAAAGAGGAGCUCAACCUCUUAGCCAAACUAAUGGGAGGCUUGGAUGUGCCCAAGGCAGGAAAUGCGGACAGUAGCUUCCGGGUUAACCUGUUCACUACCGACGAGGAGGAAGAAGAGGCGUUAAUAUCCAGACCUGAUGAGCUGUCAUAUGGAUUUAUAAACAUCCAAGCUACAAAGGACCGAACUGCCAACAGUGAGCUGGCCAAGAUCAUGGGCGAGUUCAGCGAGUCUCGGGAGUCGCCCGAUCAAUCUCCAUGUGCCAGCAGCAAAGGAGACGACCUCCUGGCCAUGAUGGACAGUCUGUGACGCCAUUGGACACCCCGUGGGAUGGACCGCAUUACAUUGUCUGCACCAGCAAAACUGAUGCGGCAACAUGUGCACAGAAAACUUUCAGGUGCUUUUUCUUCCCAUGUAGGGAGAUGGUGUGUUUCAGGGAAAUGACACGCAGCAUCCACAGUGUAGUAUAUGCCGAGACUAGAAAAUAUACCAUCAGGGUUUCCCAACCUACUAACAUACAGUGGGUGCGGAAAGUGUUCGGACCCCCUUAAACUUUUCACUCUUUGUUAUAUUGCAGCCAUUUGCUAAGAUCCAUCCAUCCAUCAAUUUUCUGAGCCGCUUCUCCUCACGAGGGUCGCGGGCGUGAUGGAGCCUAUCCCAGCUAUCAUCGGGCAGGAGGCGGGGUACACCCUGAACUGGUUGCCAGCCAAUCGCAGGGCAAUUUGCUAAAAUCAUUUAAGUUCAUUUUUUCCUCAUUUAUAUACACACAGCACCCCAUAUUGACAGAAAAAAACAGAAUAGUUGACAUUUUUGCAGAUUUCUUAAAAAAAGAAAAACUGAAAUAUGAUACAGCCAAUAAGUAUUCAGACCCUUUCCUGUGGCACUCAUAUAUUUAACUCGGGUGUUGUCCAUUACUUCUGAUCAUCCCUGAGCUGGUUCUACACCUUCAUUGGAGUCCAGCUGUGUUUGAUUAUACUGAUUGGACUUGAUUAGGAAAGCCACACACCUGUCUAUAUAAGACCUUACAGCUUAAAGUGCAUGUCAGAACAAAUGAGAAUCAUGAGGUCAAAGGAACUGCCUAAAGAUAUCAGAACCAGAAUUGUGGCAAGGCACAGAUCUGACCAAGGUUACAAAAAAAAGAUUCUGCUGCACUUAAAGUUCCUUAGAGUACAGUGACCUCCAUAAUCCUUAAAUGGAAGACGUUUGGGACGACCAGAACCCUUCCUAGAGCUGGCCGUUCGGCCAAACUGAGCAAUUGGGGGAGAAGAGUCUUGGUGAGAGAGGUAAAGAAGAACCCAAAGAUCACUGUGGCUGAGCUCUGGAGAUGCAGUCAGGAGAUGGGAGAAAGUUCUAGAAAGUCAACCAUCACUGCAGCCCUCCACCAGUCGGGGCUUUAUGGCAGAUUGGCCCGACGGAAGCCUCUCCUCAGUGCAAGACACAUGAAUGCCUGCAUGGGGUUUGCUAAAAAAAAAAAACACCUGAAGGUCUCCAAGAUGGUGAGAAAUAAGGUUCUCUGGUCCGAUGAGACCAUGAUAGAACUUUUUGGCCUGUGUGGAGAAAACAGGCACUCCUCAUCACCUGUCCAAUACAGUCCCAACAGUGAAGCAUGGUGGUGGCAGCAUCAUGCUGUGGGGCUGUUUUUCAGCUGCAGAGACGGGACAAGUGGUUGCAAUCGAAGGAAAGAUGAAUGCGGCCAAGUACAGGGAUAUCCUGGAUGAAAACCUUCUCCAGAGUGCUCAGGACCUCAGACUGGGCUGAAGGUUCACCUUCCAACAAGACAAUGACCCGAAGCACACAGCUAAAUUAACGAAGGAGUGGCUUCAGAACAACUCUGUGAGUGUUCUUGAAUUGCCCAGCCAGAGCCCUAACUUAAACCCAAUUGAGCAUCUCUGGAGAGCCCUGAAAAUGGCUGUCCACCAAGGUUAACCAUCCAACCUGACAGAACUGGAGAGGAUCUGCAAGGAUCCCCAAAUCCAGGUGUGAAAAACUUUUUAUUAGCUCAAAAGGGUGCUUCUACUAAAUACUGAGCAAAGGGUCUGAAUACUAUUUAUAUUAUUAUACAUAUUAUAUUGAUAUUUCACUUUUUCUUGUUAAUAAAUCUGCAAAAAUGUCAACAAUAAAAAAAAAUUCUGUCAAUAUGGUGUGCUGAGGGCGGCACGGUGGACGACUGGUUAGAGCGUCAGCCUCACAGUUCUGAGGACCCGGGUUCAAUCCCCGGCCCCGCCUGUGUGGAGUUUGCAUGUUCUCCCCGUGCCUGCGUGGGUUUUCUCUGGGCACUCCGGUUUCCUCCCACAUCCCAAAAACAUGCAUUCAUUGGAGACUCUAAAUUGCCCGUAGGCAUGACUGUGAGUGCGAAUGGUUCUUUGUUUCUAUGUGCCCUGCGAUUGGCUGGCAACCAGUUCAGGGUGUACCCCGCCUCCUGCCCGAUGACAGCUGGGAUAGGCUCCAGCACGCCCGCGACCCUAGUGAGGAGAAGCGGCUCAGAAAAUGGAUGGAUGGAUGGUGUGCUGAGUGUACAUUAAUAAGGGAAAAUAAUGAACUUAAAUGAUUUUAGCGAAUGGCUGCAAUAUAACAAAGAGUGAAAAAUUUAAGGGGAUCUGAAUACUUUCCAUACCCACUGUACAUCACGUGGGUCAUUCCAGAAUUAGAAGACAAUUUAGACAACAUUUUUGAGAAACAGACCAUUUGAUUGACAUUUUUUUUAGUUAUGUUUACAGGAAAAAAAGGUAAUAAAAAUAAAUAAUAAAUAAUCGAAUUUGAUUCGUCCAGCUCAAUGAUACGCUUUUAUGAGAUAUUUUAUCUGUCAUAUCAUAUUCUUUUCUGUUUGGGGCAACUCUGUUACAGAUACUCAUGCACCUGGAAAAAAACAUUUAAAAAUAUUGAUGAAUAAAUCAUUUAGAGUUAAAAUAAAUUAAAAAAUUUUUAUUUGAAUACACUAAUUAACGUUUUAGUAUUACUAUAAUUACAGUAACAGGAUUGCAAAUGCUCGCUGUGUUAGCGGCAAUGCUAACUGGUCAAGUACUUAGCUAUAUCAUGCAAAAAAGAAAAUAAUUGAUAUUAUUGUAUUUAUCUAAUAAUAUGAGUAACAGGGUUGCAUUGGUUUGAGUGACACACUCAAAACACUGAAAAAAUAUGAAAAGAGGACCAACCUUUGGCCUAACCAGGGUCAGAGCAAUUAGCUUAAUGAUGUCAUUUCUGGUGAUUCUGGGGAGCUCACUUUUUUUUUUUUUUUUUUUUCCCCCCUCACCUAGAUGGCUAAAAAAGUUUUAGAAACAGGGUUGCGUUUAUGUUGAGAGAUACAAAUUCGGAGCACAAUUACUACAAUUCAAAAUAUAUAUGUGAUAAAACAAAAUUGUUUAACAGGAAGACAUCAAUAAAAAGAUACCAGAUAAAAGCUGAUUUAAAACAAUUUUUUUAUUUGUUAUAGUUGGUAUGUAAGUUGAAUCACAGUUGAAAAGCUGUUUUAGGGGUUGCUAAAGAGCCAUUUUCCAUUUCAAAUUAUAUUUAGGAGUUACUUUUACUACAGCUACAGUUACAUUUAGUCAAAGGACAACUAUAAUUUCAAGUGCAUGUUUUCUCUAUUUUGAGCAUGAAAAAUAAUGAAAUAUCAUGGUAACAGCAAAUGUCCUCCAAUUCUGGAGUGGCCCAUGUCAAGCCAUUUAGUGACAUAUUUUUCCACAAUGUAAAACAGAAACAGCAUGGAUUGUAUCGCGGAUCUUGGCCCAGCCUGAGAAACUCGGGUUCUGACAUCAAAAUUCAGACGGCCUCACUCACAGAUAUGUUUUUGGAAAUAUAUCCAAGAACUAAAAACUUAAAUUUGCAUACAAUGUCUUCAUUAAUGAUAAAGAACACACCAGACACAUCUUUGACCCAUUUGGGACCCCACCCCCAAUUUUGGGAAACCCUGAAAAACCCUGCAAUGGUAGUUUGAGAUACACAUUCACAUAGUUGUAGCUACAGUGCUGUGAAAAAGUAUUUCCCCCCUUAUCAAAUUCUUAGAUUUUUGCAUAGUUUCCCACUUUAAUGUUUAAGAUCAACAAACAAAUGUAAAUAUCAGAUAAAUACAACGCAAGUGAACGUAAAAUGCAGUUUUUAAAUGGUGAUUUCAUUUAUUAAGGAAAAAAAACUAUUCAAAGUUACCUGGCCCUGUGUGAAAGAGUAAUGGACCCCUAAACCUAAGAUGUGGUUGGGCCAUCCACAACAGUAACAACUGAAAUCAAGCGUUUUCUUUGACUGAGAGUGAGUCUUUCACAUAUCUGUGGCAAUAUUUUGGGCCACUCUUCAUUGCGGAAUUGUUUUGAGUUCAGAAAAAAAUACAGGGUUUUUGAGCAUGAACUGCCUUUUUAAGGUCAUGCCACUGCAUUUCAAUCUGAUUCUAGUCUGGACUUUGACUAAACCACUCCAAAACCUUCAUUUUGUUUUUUUUGAGCAAUUCAGAACUUGACUUGCUGGUGUGUUUUAGAUCGUUAUGCUGCUGUAGUGUGCUUCAGCUUGAGGUCACAAACUGAUGGCUAAACAUUCUCCUUCAAGAUUUUCUGUUAAAGAGCAGAAUUCAUGGUUCCAUCAAUCACAGCAAGUUUUCCAGGUCUUGAAGGAGCAAAGCAGCCCACGACCAUCACACUACCACCACCACCAUGUUUGACUGUUGGUAUGAUGUUCUUUUUCUGAAAUGCUGUGCUACAUUAACACCAGGUGUAAGGAGACACACAGCUUCCAAAAAGCUCAACUUUGAUUUUGUCAGUCGACAUAAUAUUCUCCCAAAAGUCUUGGGAAUCAUUCAGAUUUUUUGUUUUGUUUAUUUUUGCCAAAGUAAGACGAACCUUUAUGUUCUUUUUGAUCAGCAGUGGUUUUUGUCUUGGAACUCAGCCAUGGAUGCCGUUUUUUCCCAGUCUCUUCCUUGUUGUUGUGUCAUGAACACUGACCUUACCUGAGGCAAGGGAGGCCAGCAGUUCCUUAGAAAUUGUCCUGAGUUCCUUUGUGGCCUCCUGGAUGAGUCAUUGCUGUUCUCUUGGGGUAAUCUUUGUAGGCUGGCCACUCCUGGGAAGGUUCAGCACUGUUGCAUGUUUUCUCCAUGUGAGGAUAAUGGCUCUCACUAUGGUUCGCUAGAAAUCUAAAGCUUUAGAAAUGGCUUUUGUAACCCUUUCCAGACUGAUGGAUGUCAAUUACUUUAUUUCUUGACUGUUCUGGAAUUUCUUUGGAUCGUGUCAUUUUGUUGCAGCUUUUUUAGAUUUUUUUAUCCGACUUGAUUUUGUCAAGACAGAUUCUGUUUUAAGUGAUUUCGUGAUUGAAUAAGAGUUGAGUGUGAUCAGUGAAAAUUAACCAAAAAUUGUGAUUAGGCACAAUUAAUUCAUGAUUUAACAAGGGGGGUGAUUACUUUUUCACACCUUAAUAAAUGAAACCACCAUUUCAAACAGUAUUUUACAGCAGCUGAAAUAAGUAUUUAACACAUCACCAUUUUUCUCAUUAAAUAUAUUUCCAAAGGUGACAUGACAUGAAACUUUCAACAGAUGUUGGGAACAAGUAAUCCAUACAUACAAAGAAAGUAGCACAAAUAAGAUCAGAAAUUAGGUUGUGUGUAAUAAUGUCAAAUGACACAGGGGAAAAGUAUUGAACGCCAACUGGUAUUUAUUUAAUACUUUGUACAAAAGCCUUUGUUUGCAAUGACGGCUUCAAGAGGCCUCCUGUAUGGAGAAACUAGUCGCAUGCAUUGCUCUGGUGUGAUUUUGGCCCAUCAAUCCACACAAACAGUCUUAAAAUCUUGAAGGUUCCGUGGCCUUCUUUUAUGGACCUUGAGUUUCAGUUCUUUCCAUAGAUUUUUGAUUGGAUACAAGUUAGGUGUUUGGCUGGACCAUUCUAACAACUUUAUUUUUGUUUUUUGUAACCAAUUGAGAGUUUCCUUCGCUUGGAUCAUUAGCCUGCUGAAAUGUCCACCCUCGUUUCAUUUUCAUCAUCCUCGUAGAUGGCAGCAGAUUUUUGCUCUUGGACAGCUUGUCUGACUAUUCUUUGCACUCUUCUGUCAUAAAUCUUGCGAGGAGCAACUGAUUGAGACAAAUUUAUGGUAGUAUAAUUGGCUUUCCACUUACGUAUUAUAUUUGCCUGAUAUUUACAUUUGUUUGGUGAUCUUAAACAUUAAAGUGGGGAAAGUUUUCAAAAAUAUAAGAAUUUGAGAAGGGAUGAGAAGGGAAUACUUUUUCACGGCACUGUAUGAAUUGCUCUAGGUCUCGAGUGCAUAUCACCGCCAAGGUCGCACCAUCACUAUUUGGAUCAGCAUCUUCAUAGAUGGCCACCUCCUUCAGUUAUAGUAUCUAAUUUUUGUAAAUAUUUUAUCUUUUCAUGGAACAACACUGUCGUCGUCCGUGUACACCUUGUGUAACCGUGUAAAUUUACUAUCCGCUCAAAAUAACUCAACACACGGCCAUUGAUGUCUAAACCGCUGGCAAUAAAAGUGAGUACACCCCUAAGUAAAAAUGUCCAAAUUGUGCCCACAAUGUCAAUACUGUGUAUGGCCAUCAUUAUUUUCCAGCACGGCCUUCACGCUCUUCGGCACCACUCAACUUCUUUGGUUGCCCAUGGCGAGGCCGUUAUUUUUUCAGAUCCUCUGAGUUAUUUGUCAUAAGGUGCCAUAUUGACCUAACAGUCACCAGUAUAAGUGAGUGUGAAAGUGAUAACAUCAAAUUUAACACACAUGCUCCCAAUUCACACCAGUGACCUUGUAACUUCAAUGAGUCACACGAUAAUGUAGUGUGAAAAUGUCUAAUUGGGCCCAAUCUGGACACUUUCACUGAGGGGUGUAGCCACUUUUUUUUGCCAGCGGUUUAAACAUGAAUGGCUCUGUGUUGAGUUAUUUUGAGGGGACAGUAAAUGUACACUGUUUGACAAGCUGUACACGGACUGCUUUACAUUCUAGCAAAGUGUCAUUUCUUUCAGUGUUGUCCCAUGAAAAGACAUCAUAAAAUAUUUACAAAACUUUGAGGGGUGUACAGUACUCACUUUUGUGAAAUACUUGGAUUUAGUCACAAGAUCCAUGCAUUGUUGACUUGGAAACAAGACAAUGCAGUGUUAGCAUUUUACAUAUCAUACCUAAUUUCAUGUUUUUUUCUUCAAGUUCCAAGUAAAUUUCACGGUAAAGACACAAUGCGAAGAAGGGGAUUGCUUACUUACACACGUGGACAAAACUGUUGGCACACGUCUGUUAAUAAAAGAAAAACCCACAGUGGUCACAGAAAUGACUUGAAUCUGACAAACUAAAAAUAAAUAAAGAAAUUAUGAAAAUUAGCGAAUAUCAGACAUUGCUUUUGAAUUGUGCUUCAGCAGAAUUAUUUUUAAAAACAAGCUAAUAAAACAGGCCUGGACAAAAAUGACGGUACCCCUGGAAAAGAUUGAAAAUAAUCUGACCAUAGAGACAUGUUCAAACAAGAUGUGUUCUUUAAUUAGCAUCACAGGUUUCUUUAAGCCUGUAAUCAGUCAGUCUGCCUGUUUAAAGGGUGACAUAGUGUGUACCACACUAAACAUGGACCAGAGGACGUGGAGGAAAGAGUUGUCGCAGGUGAUAAUAUUAGAGACCUAUUAUUGAGAAUUUAAGCUCCAUGGGCCGCAGAAAGAAAAUUGAUGACAAAUUGAAGAGACAAUGGUAACAAAAGAGCCCAGAACAACCUCCAAAGAAAUAAAAGGUGAACUCCAACGUCAAGGUACGUCAGUGUCAGAUUGCACCAGAUUGUUGUUGUUUGAGCCAAAUUCAACUUCGUGGGAGAGGACCAAGGAGGACACCACUGUUGAAAAUAAAUCCUAAAAAAGCUAGAAUUUGCCAAACUGCAUGUUGACAAGCCACAAAACGUCUAGGAGAAGAGAGAGAGACAGACUCAAAAAUUAUGCGUACCAAGAAAAGAACACUGUCCCUCCUGUUAAACAUGGAGGAGGCUCUAUUAUGUUCUGGUGCUGCUUUGCUGCAUCUGACACAGGGUAUCUUGAGUCUUUGCAAGGUACAACAUAAUCUCAAGACUAUCAAGGUAUUCUAAAAAGAAAUGUGCUGCCCAGUGUUUGGGGCUUGGUCUCAGUCAAAGGUCCUUAGUCUUGCAACCUGAUAAUGACCCAAAACACACAGCUAAAAACACUCAAGAAUUGCUAAGAGCAGCAUAUUGGACUAUUCUAAAGUGGCUGUCCAUGAUCUAAAUCCUACCGACCGUCUGUAGAAGGAGCUGAAACAUGCUGUCUGGAGAAAGCACCCUUCAAACCCGAGAAGCAAACAACUAGAGCAGUUUGCUCAUUAAGAGUGGUCUUAAAUACCUGCUGAGAAGUGCAGAAGUCUCAUGGAAAGUUACAAAAAUCAUUUGAUUGCAGUGAUUGCCUCAAAAGCUUGUGCAACAAAAUAUUAAGGGUAGCUUUUAAAACUAAUUCUGCUGAACCACAAUUCAAAAGCAAAAUCAAUGUCCGAUUUUCAUUGGUUAAUCUUUAUUUUAUUUUUUAUCUAUUAUUGCUUUUGUCAGAUUACCGUAAUUUCUCGUGUAUAAUGCGCACCCAUGUAUAAUACGCACCCCCAAAAUUGACUGAAAAAUUCUGCAAAACCCUUCUACCUAUGUAUAAUGCCUUUUUACAAUGCAUGAUUUUGCUUCUACCCAUAUGAUCAAAACAUGAAGUAUUAUCUGUAUUUUGUUAGUUUUUUUUCCAAAUAAUUAUUCUGUAAUUAAGCACUUUAUUUGAACACGAAAUCCUUUUUUUAAUUUACUUGCUCUUAUUUUGAAAUUCACAGCCCUACUUGUAUUUAAUAAAUUAGAAAACACACAGUUGUGCUCAUAUGUUUGAUUACCCAGGCAGAAUUUGUAAGAUGGGUACAGUUCUUUAAAGAAAACAUGAAGGACCAGGCGAAACACAUUAAAUUUUAUUUUAAUGGGUUUCAACUUAAAGGGUCAGGCAUUUCAGAAAAGCAUAAACAAAACAUAACCAUAACGAAAUGGUUGUUCAGUUAUCAGUCAUAUUUAAAAAUAUAUAUUGCACAAAUUCUGCCAGGGUAUGUAAAUUUAUGAGCAUAACUGUACAUAUACACAGUCAUAUGUACCCGUCAUAUUGGAAUAAAAGUGUAGGCUACACCUUUUUUAUAACCACUAGGUGGCGGUGGCAUUUUGGAAUGAAAAUGUACAGCUUUUUCAUAACCACUAGAUGGCGUCAUACAUUUAUAAAAUGGAAAGUUUCCAUUUGCCCCUAUACCUAUCGACAAUGUGCACCAUUGACUUUUGACAAUUUUGGAGGUGGGGGGGGGGAAUGCACAUUAUACACGAAAAAUUACUGUAGUUAUUUAUGUGACCACUGUGGGGUUUUCUUUCAUUAACAGAUGAGUAUCAACAAUUUUGUCCAUGUGUGUAUCGCUUCGGUAUUUGAAAGAAUGCACCUGUGCAGGGAACCUGCAAAUACCCAAGUGCUCUUUUCUAACGUGAUUGUAAUCCUAUUUCAAUACAGUGAUGAUGAAGUCAGCAUUAAGAGCCUCGCUCAGGAGUGAAUUGUGUUCAUGAUGGAUUAUUGAGAAAUGAAGGAGAACUUGAUUAUGUUGGUGGCUAAUUGCUAUGUCUAAUCAUGUAAAUAUGUUUAUGAAAUAGUUUUAUUUACUGGAUUUAUCUAUUGUUUUCUGUGAAUAGAUGUGCAUAUUUCUACAAUUUAGCAGUUCCAAAAAUAAUAAAUUUAUGUUUUACAAAU